AUGAAACGAACAUUUGAUGAGAGUGGUGUUGGCUCCAACUCUAACGUGGAAGAUGAUGAUCAAUUGAAUCAUCAUCAGAACAACAUUGAACCAAAUAACAAGAAGGUAAAGCAAAUGGCGAUGGAUAUUGAUUUUUCCAAAUACAAGGAAGGAGAUAUCAUUACCGAAAGCGAUGGAAGAUACGAGUUUAGAAUGUUGCAAGGAAAGUUGUGUCGAGUUCCUUUGGAUAGACCUGUGAGAGUUUAUGCCGAUGGAAUUUAUGACUUGUUCCAUUUUGGACACAUGAGAUCACUCCAACAAGCAAAGAAUCUCUUCCCUAAUACUCAGCUAAUUGUUGGUGUUUGUUCUGAUGCAGACACAUGGAGAAUUAAAGGAAAGACUGUCCUUACAGAAGACGAAAGAUAUGAAGGAGUAUCUCAUUGCAGAUAUGUUGAUGAGGUGGUUCCAGCAGCCCCUUGGGUUGUCACUCCCGAAUUUGUUGUGGAACACAACAUUGAUUUUGUCUCACAUGGUGAAGACCUGAGCGUUGAUGAAAACGGCAACGACGUGUAUGAGGGCUUGAAAAAGAUGCACAGAUUCCUCACAAUCAAGAGAACUGAAGGUAUCUCCACAAGUGACAUUAUCAUGAGAAUUAUCAAAGAAAGAGACUCCUAUAUUGAACGUAACUUGAAGAGAGGGUACACACCUGAUCAACUGGGAAUUGGCUUGGUUGGAAAAACGGUUCAUGGUGUGAAGCAAUUGAUUGGAGGAAUUGUGAACGUAUUUAGCCCUCGCAAGGCAAAAGCAGAGUCCAAAAUUACUGAAGAACAAAACAAGGAGGAAACAGAGGCCACCGAGCCAGCAGAAGGUGGAAUUUUUGAUGACGAAGAAGCAAAUAGCACCGAGCAAGCUGGUGGUGAUCAAACAGAAGAGAAAGAACAAAUCGAAAGUUCUGAACACUAA